AUGUUGUCCCUCAGGUUGACCGGCGUCCUCGUCCUCGCUAGCCGGCUUCAUCCCGCCUCUUGUUCAACUCUAUUGUCUGAAUCCAACACUAUCGUGCUACCACGGUCCACAAACGAAGACUUAAGGACACCAGCCCAAAUAUUCCUCAACUGCUUCUUCACCCUCCUCCUAUGCAUCUGGUUCUGCGGACGGCCUAACAUUCCCGUUAAACCACCACCACACAAAACAUGGUACGAAUCAUGGCUACCAGCCCUCGGAGCCCGCAUCCGCAUCACGAUCUGGCUCCUUCUCUCGCCCCAGCUUAUCCUCGUCUGGGCCGUGCGUCAAUGGCGAGGUGCCACAUCACUGAAGCACACCUACGCUAACCAAGGACCGGGGUGGACGCGGGUGCAUGGGUUCAUGAUGAACAUGGGCGGAUUUGUGCUGUACAAGGACGGCCGGCCGAUCCAAGCGCUCUCACGGAAGAGGUUUGCGAGCUUGCUGAGGGUGGCGGCGAUCGAGUUCCCGUGGGUUACGGAGGAGGAGAUUACGGACCGGGGCAAGUCGAGCUGGGCCCUUGUACUGCUUUUUGCGGUGCAGACUGGGUGGUUCGUCGUGCAGUGCAUCGCGAGGUUGGUUAAGCACGGGCGCUUCGCUGUGACGCUGCUCGAGCUGGAGACAUGGGCCAUUGUGGUGGUGAGCUGGGUCAUUGCUGGAGUGUUUUGGGAGAAGCCCCUGGACGCCAGGGUACCAAUUCGCGUCGACCUCAAGAUCGAGAUGGAAAUCUCGAAGGACGAGACGCCGGACGUGGCCCCAUUCUUUCCUAGUACCUGGCGGGACUCGAACCGGGAAGAGACGAUUCAAAAGAAGGUGUUAUCGAGGAUUGCAGAAGAAUACGGGCUCGACCCCGAACCGCCACGACGGAAACUACAUCUUUCGACCUUCCAGACGAUCGCAGCAACCCUUAUUUUCCCUUUUGUGUGGCCAAUCGCACGCAUCUACAUGGACCACCUCGCCAUAACAUGCUACCCAAAAUCUAUCAACCUCCGCGCCUUGACCGCACCAACCUUCUACCACACCGACGAGAAGACAUUUGCCGACUUGGGAUGGCAGCGCGGCAGUGAGAUGUUACUCGGGUUCGUAGGCGCUCUCAUUGGCGGUGCUCACUUCGUCCUAUGGGGAUCGACCUUUCCCAACCACUCUUGGGACCUCCUAUGGCGGUUCAGCAUCUUCUCCACCACGGCCGUACCAGGCCUUUUCUUCAUCCUACACCUCCUAGACGCGCUCGCAGACCGCCUUCCCCCGUUCAGCCUCAUACGCAGGUUCUCGCAGGAUUUCUUCGCGUUUGCGUUGGCGAUAUUGGGCGUCCUAGGACACUUGGUUUAUGCUGCUGCUCGUGUUAUCAUCCUAGUCCAAGCCUUGGUUUCGCUAACCUUCCUCACUAUCCCAAAUAUCCAGACCGUCGAAUGGACUGGUUAUAUCCCUCACCUUGGUUAA